AUGAAUACCAAGAUCAGAGGAAACAGCCUUUAUGCGCCCUCCUCCUCCUCCUCCUCCUCUUCCUCCUCCCUCUCGCCUUUCUCCUCCGGCUCCGAAGGGGAGGACGACGAAGAGGAGGACGAGGAGGAUCUCAACGCUUCUUCCCGGCUCCUCUCGCCCUCGACGGGAAGCCUCCUCGCCCGCCGGCAGGACUGCAAGGGCCGCCGUGCCCGCCGUUCCCGGAGCGGCGCCCGCCCUGCCAAGACGGCCGAGACGGUGCAGCGGAUCAAGAAGAGCCGCCGCCUGAAGGCCAACAACCGGGAGCGGAACCGCAUGCACCACCUCAACUCGGCCCUGGACGCCCUGCGCGAGGUGCUGCCCACGUUCCCCGACGACGCCAAGCUGACCAAGAUCGAGACGCUCCGCUUCGCCCACAACUACAUCUGGGCCCUCAGCGAGACCCUCCGCCUGGCCGACCACGGAGCGGGCGCCUUCCCCGAGGACUGCAGCCCCUCCCCAUCCUCAUCCUCCGCCGCCUCCUCCGCCUCCUGGAGCUGCACCGCCAGCCCGGCUCCUUCCGCCUCUUCCUCUGUUUCCUCCUCCUCUUCCUCGGCCUACGGCUGCACUAUGUCUCCCGCCAGCCCUGGGGGCAGCUCUGCAUCCGAGAUGGACUACUGGCCGCAGCCCGAGAAGCCUCGUUUCGCCCUGAUUUGAAAGCCAGACUCAAAGCCCAGCCUUCUAAAGCAGCCAUGGGCAAACUUUCCCACCUUUCUGAUCUCCAGGUGUUUUGGACUCCAACUCCCACCAUUCCUAAC